CCUGGCCUGGACAGUGAUCAGAGUGGUUGGCCCACUUGGAGGUUUGCAAUGGGGAUUGUACAGUUUUUUCUUUGCAUUUUUGCUGGACAUGUCAUCACUGUUCAGUCAGUAAUACAUGAGCUGGAUGCCAGGUUCCCUCAUGAUUUUGCAGGCUUUUUUGACCAUAUCAGGCCUUUUCCAAUUGAAGGAAAUUUAGAUUUGUUUCCAUAUGACUCCAUCUUAAGCUCAUGGCAUCCGACUCCUGACUUCAACAUGCUUGCUGAAUUGCCUCCCAUCAUGAACAUUCCGCAAGUAGAGGUGUUUUGUGAUGACUCUAAGCUAACCCUGCUGGUUGAUAAGAGGUCUAAUGGUGUCAAAUUGGCUGGAGAGGAGAUCCAGUUGGGUAAUGGCUGCUUCAGCAAUGGAGAGAUGCCAAAUCAAUUUGUCUUCACUUACAGUUUGGAUGAGUGUGGAACAACACGUGUGAUGCAGAACGGUCUUGGAUGUUCACCAAUACUCUCACUUGAACACCGAAAAUCCUCCCAACACCUGGUGGCCAACGCCUUCCUCAGUGCACAUCUCCUGCAUCCCACAGAGGUCAUAUAAUUCUCAAAACUUGCUUGUAUCAACUGCAUUUCCAAAUGUUGGCGAGACCUUUAAUAUCAAAGCCAUGAACCCAUCCUGGUAUGGCACCGCUGACUCUAAUGUGUAUAAAAGAGGCCAGGUUAUCAACUUUCAGGUGUCAGCCAGAACCAGGUAUGAUCAGGAGCAGCUUUUCAUCCAGUCCUGUCAUGUCUCUGCAUCUCCUGAGCCUUGGAUUAAACCCAGACAUGCAGUCAUAAUGAAUAAAGGGUGCACAGCCCUGCUGGGUUCUCCUCAUGCUGCUGUACAAUUUGUGACCUCCAACAGAGCUGAUGUGGUUAAUUUUAUUCUGAAUGCAACUUAUAAUAUUUCUGAGCUGCACAUCCACUGUAGGGUCCUAAUCUCAGACAAGGGUGUCACUGUUGGCUCCAAAUCCUGUAACUACAAUGUGCUGAAGUCAAGAUGGGAUGAUCUGAGUGGAACUGCAGAUGUGUGUGACUGCUGUAGCUCAAAGUGUAAAGGCCUGCCAAUCAGGCAUCUUGCUGAAGAUGCCAUGGCUGUUGUCACCACUGGACCCUUCGUCAUUGUGGACAAAGAAAAGUGACAAGUCCUGAGCCUUCAGUUUCUGAUCCACAAGAAACCCCCAGUCUUACUGACUCCAUGCAGUCUGACUCCUCUGACGCUGCAGCUACAGACUGGGUUGUUGCUGGUACUACUUUAUCGAGACGCAAGUUUUCUCAAAUCCCACGGGGUGUUGUGGUGGUGAGUGAGGACCCAGUUGCUAGACUGACCCUUUGGCUACCUGGACACAUACAAGAACAUGUUGAGACUCUUGGUUUGGCCUCUGUAGACAAAUUAUUACAGGACAUUCCUGAUCUGCAGCCUUCAACUAUAGUUAAGGAGUCUAUCAUGAAUUCAAAAACAAAUACUGGAGAUCAAAAAUUGAAUUUAAUUACCCUGGUGGAUGGGCCAUAAAGCUCCCACAUCUGGAAGAAGCAGCCAUUAAUGAAGAAAGCAAGAGAAAAAGGUGGUUUGAACCAACUGGAAUGUUUGGUUCACAGUCUCCACAAGAAGUUGUCACCUUUCUGCCAGCUGAGAUACCCAGAAAUGUCCUCAAUAAAGACAACUUUGCCCAAAGUAGAGCUGAAAGGCAAGCAGCUGAAGCACCCAAAGAAGGAGCAUAUGCUGCUCCACCUAUAAUUCGCACAAAACUUCAGUUGUCCAAUGGUGCUGAUGGGUCACAGGUGUUGAGUUAUGAGGAAGAAGAGCUGAAUCAACCAGAGGGGAAAGCUGUGACCACAAGAGUUGGGAUGGAGGGAAAGCGGGAACGCAGACCAAGUGCCAUGUUUCAAGCUUUCCUGGAUUUGUUGAGGAUGAGUGAACAAGAAUAACUGCAGCUUUGUAACAUGUUCUGUAAUACUUUAAAUUAAUAAACUAUUGAAAAAUUG